GAUUGUGAUUUUGUGUACGAGUGUGUGAAGCGCUAGCGCUAGCGGCGUACGAGUAGCGCGCGAGUGUCUCAAACAUUAGCGAUUUUGCGCGAAGGAGAAGAAACUGGCGAAUAGUCCCUAAAUCCAAUGUUUGCGUAGCCAAUUAGACUCGCCGGAGCGCUGCCGAGUUAGUUGGCUACAGGCUCAUGGUCAGUGCCUGACAUUGCCUAGAUAGACUCAAUAAGUGAACUGGUCACGGUGUGGAGUAGUUACACGACACUGCAGUUGAAUGGCGGAAGUACAUGUGAUUGGCGAGCUUGUCGGUGCUACGGGCUUCUCGGCGUCAGGCCUGUUCUGCAAAUGGACGGUUAGUCAUGGUAGCUCAUGGAGGUUACUCGAAGGCUGUGCUGAAGGGCAAACUCAGGUUGAUGCACCACAGGACACGUCAUGCUUCUAUUGGAGUCACCCUCUCGACUUGCACUUUGCCUGCAAGGCAAUCCAAGGUUGGCCAAAGAUUCAGGUAGAGGUCUGGAGUCAAGGACUAUUCGGCCAAUGUGAACUUAGUGGCUAUGGCUUCUGUCAUCUACCUACUACGCCAGGCUCACAUCAAUUACAGUGUGUCACAUGGAAGCCAAGAGGCACAGCAAGAGAUCAGCUUAGCAGUUUCUUCUUGGGAGGCGCUGCUCAGUUGAAAGAUGAGGGUACAGUGGUAAACGCAGCACAGCGGUGUCAGCUACAUACGGUAUCCAGCGGCACGGUGCAAAUCAAUGUCUCCGUGCUGUUGCGCAACUUUGACAAGUUUGGUGUUGAAGUACAGUAGCAAAGUCCGGUUAUCGCAGUACAACCAGGCGGGGAUCCUUGCUGAUCGUUGAGAAACACGCAGAGCCAGAACAGCCCUUCGGAGAGCGCACCGGGCAAAACAACGGCGAAGCUACCUCGGCAUUGAUCAGAAAUCAUAAAUGCUAUUGGCGUGCCUAAGCUCGAAUGUCAAGUACAUGCAACUACUUUACACAGUAUGUCACUGUCUGACAGUAACUCAUUCAUUGAGUUACAGGCGAAGGAGUGAUUGCCAAGCUCCAGUGAGUAAUCUCCCAUUUCACACAUCAGAUCUUCACCAUCCCAGCAACACAGCAGCAGUAUUGAUGAGUUUUGAAGCAUCGUAAUCAGGGUGAGUUACAGAUGGGCACAUUUGAGUUUCGUACAGAUCUGACGUGCGGACAAAACUGUUGAAUGCACAUGUCAUUGCUUUACAUGGCCCAGCUAUCCAGCAGCAGCAGCAGCAGCAGCAGCAGCAGCAGCAGCAGCAGCAGCAGCAGCAGCAGCAGCAGCCAUUGCUAGAUAAAAGCAGCAAACACGAUCACGUGCUGCUAGUUGUGCAAUAUUGUUCCACAAAGAAAGGCAUCCGAAAUAACAAACUUGACUUCUCACUUCGCAGUGCCGUCAGUGUGCUUAUGGAGAAACUUAUUGCUUCUCUGAUCAUUCCAGCGGAGCUGUACACAAUAUUUGUAGGCUGUAGCAGCUACAUAUAGGUACAUGCUAUAUAUAGGCGCACAUUGCCUUACAUAGAAACUCUAACUUCAAAAAUGCUCUGAAUGAAAGUUAUUCUGCAAAUACAAGGAAGACCUAAGUGUUCUCCUUAUUGUCAUGCGAUUUCUGCCUUAGCUCCUCCAGUUUCUUCUCCAUCUUCUGAUAUUCUUGAUCGUUGACUUCAUCCACCUCUGUCGUUACCUACAGUAGCACAGAUAUGCAAACAACACGCGUACUUAUGAAUUACAGAGAAAGCAGCAUGCAAUGUGCGGCCCUCCGGAAAUACUGAUAUCUUUCUCAAGACUAUAUUUGCCCGUCUUUCACUCCCCUCCUCCCCCAUUGAGACGAACAUACAGUGUACACAACUUUAUGGAGGGAUCACUUUUUAAGAAAUGAAGCAAUACAGUCAUGAGGCAAAACAUAUGUGUCAAUAAUGUUUCUCAAAUCUAUACAAUUGAAGUUCUGGUGAUUUCGUAAACUAACGUGCCAACAGCAACUCAA